AUGGAUGUGAAGGCGGAAGUAGUUUCAGUGAUAGAAUUGGAGGUGUGUCGUAUCUGUGUGACGGAACCUGUAGAGCAAUGCUCCAUGGACGAUGUCGUAGACUCGGAGAGAUGUUUAAGCCUCAACAUGAUGCUGAAGACAUUGUUUCCAUCAACUUUCGACCCGGAAGCCAAAUCGGUAGAAGGUAUGAACUGGCCAACGAAAGCGUGCCUUGCCUGCAAGGAAAAGGUGCUAGUCGCCUACGAGCUGUAUACGCUGCUAGUUGAGAGUGAAGAUUGGCUGCAGCGAUGCAUAGAAGAACGGUCCCGCAAUGAAGUUGACAUCGUGAAAUCAGAACAGGACGGUGGUUCUAGCGCACAGUACGAUGUUUUGAUUGAGUAUACGUUCGAAGAUGGAAACACCUACUCAACGGAGGUAGAACAUCUGAUCGAUGAAACACCCCAAGAUGCACUGUCUGAAACGCUAACCGUUGAAGAACAAUCCGCGAACAGUCAAACCCGCGUAUCGACAAGAAGACGCAACCGAUCGCAACGGGAAGUGCCCUUGAAGAAACGGACGAGAAAUAAGAUUAAGCAAGAACGUGUGGAGGAGGAAUCGGGCUCGCGCAAUCCAAUGAUGAUGAAGAAAGCACGGACUUCGAAAGGCAACCGAAAGGUAGAAAAAGAGGUCGAAAACCUAAAAUCAAGUCUGAACAAAUCACAAGCCAGGAGAAAAGCUGAAGAGGACUCGUCGGAUCAGGUGGAAGAGUUACAAUCCAAGGUAGAUGUGUACCAGUGUCAGCUGUGCGAUGGGCAUACGUAUGGUUCACCGAUCGAACUCACCGACCACCUGAAGGCGGAACAUCCGGAUCAGAUUCGAACUUGCGACAAGUGUCCGAAGGUGUUUAUGAGCGAACCAGCCUUCCAGCAUCACCAGUAUUGCCACGCCACCUUGCGCUCUUUCUUCUGCAUGUUCUGUGACAAAGGUUUUCAGACGGAAAAUCUCCUCAAGAGCCACACCCGAUCGCACACGCAUGUUGCCGAGUUUUUGUGUUCGCUGUGUGGCAAAAAGUUUAACAGUAAAAGCAAUCUUCGUCAACAUCUGGUUCGACACACGGGUGUUAAAGCAUGGGCAUGCACUCAAUGCCCGAGUCGGUUCUGUACCAAAGGUGCAUUAAACUUACACCAGCGAACCCAUUCGAAACUGAGGCCAUUUAGUUGCGAUACUUGCGGUUCUCAAUUCCACACGAGAUACUCUCUGAUCAAGCAUCAAUUAAUUCAUACAGGCGAGCGUCCGUAUGGUUGCGAUCUAUGUCCAAUGCGAUUUGUCUCUACCUAUCAUGUAAAACGUCACAUGCUUACGCACACUGGUGAAAAACCUUUCAAAUGUACCUACUGCGAUCGUGGCUUUGCUCAAAGCAACGAUAUGGUGAAGCACAUGAAAACGCACUUGGGCGAGAAUCCGUACCAGUGUGAUCGCUGUGAAGCAUCCUUUCGGCUACUUACGGAACUACGAAAUCACUACAAGGAAACGUGUCAGCCGGUUGAUAAGGGGAACAUUUCUUGUCCCGAAGUGGAAAAUGGGAUUCGGUUUACCAGCACAAACAUUUUAAAGAUGCGAUAUGAAAAGGAAAUGGCACAGUACAGUGAAAGGUGA